GCCGCUCGAUGACGAUUGGUUCCAUAAGUGGGGCUGUGGCUUGUCCCCGAAACUCGUGCUGGCUCGGCGUGCGUCGUGUGAUGUCUACUGCGCAGAGUCUGUUCACGACUUUGAAAGUAAGUCUGAUACCGAGGAACAUGUUAUCUCCACAGGGUUUGUCGGUGAUUGUUACUGGCGGCGCCUCAGGCUUGGGACUCGCUACUGCGAAAAGGUUGCUAGACAGCGGAUGUAGAGUCCUUGUGUGUGACCUGCAAAAAACUCCAGAGUUCUCAGAAAUUGAAAAAGAUUGCGUUUUUCAGAAGACGGACGUCACAUGUGAGACAGAUGCAAUCAACGCCGUCAACACCGCGAAGGGACAGUUUUCAAAACUUGAUGUACUUGUUAAUUGUGCGGGCGUUGGUUUUGCUUGUAAGACGUUCAAUGCCAAGCAUAAGAAACCGCAUGCAUUGGACACAUUCGAAAGGAUAAUUAAGAUAAACACGAUUGGAACGUUCAAUAUGAUCAGGUUGGCGGCCACGGCGAUGGCAGAGAAUGAACCGGACUGUGAUAACCUCCGAGGUGUUAUCAUAAACACAACUAGUGUGGCUGCAUUCGAGGGCCAAGUCGGGCAGGCUGCCUACGCAGCAAGCAAGGCAGCUGUUGCAGGUAUGACUUUGCCGAUUGCUCGUGAUUUGGCGCGUGAGGGAAUUCGCGUGAUGGCAAUAGCACCGGGCCUCUUCCACAGCCAGACCAUUAUGGGAAAGAAAGGUUACAACAAUGAUACCCUCGCUUACCUUAGUGACGUCCAGUUGGCCGUAUCUCGCCUCGGCCGACCUGAAGAGUUUGCAAAUAUGGUGCUUCGCUUGAUUCAACGGCCUACUCUCAGUGGUACAACAGUCCGACUAGAUGCCGGCUUUUUCGAGACACCCCUGCUUGCUGGUUUACCGUCUAGUGAGCACUUGGUAAAACUUACAGUCAACCCCCAACGUUUCGGCAAACCUGAGGAGUUCGCUCAUCUUGUGGAGACGAUCAUUCAAAACCACAUGCUCAAUGGAGAAGUGAUCCGGUUGGAUGCUGGCGCACGAAUGCCUCCUUAGCUCUUCAAUAGACCAUAUCGAUCCGCCAUUUGUACAAGCUGACAAAUUUUCCCCUAGUUAACUGAUUUCGACUCUAUUGUUUUUAUACAAAGCACUUAGGGUGUAGCCGGAAAUUUUUGAGUAAAAUGUGACUCCUGA